CACCACUGCUCUGAUGUCGCUGUCAAAGCGUGUGCUCUCACUAACGCACCAGGUUAACGUAAUAUGAUUUUGUCAUCACCAGGAAACAAAAUGUCCUUAAACCUGCACUGAAUAAUUAGAAUAUAACUGACAAUUAUACUUCGGGGACCAGCGAUUCAGGAUUGCUUGCCGAUUUAUAGCUCACGUUCUUGGAGGCUGCCAAGGAGACACGGACAUGGCAGAGCAAGACCCCCCCGCCCAGAAGGCUCCCACGGCGCCCAACCUCCACCAUUCCCACUUCAUCAUCGGCUCCGUGUCGGAGGAGAACUCCGAGGAUGAGAUCCCGGUGAAGACGGGCGUACUGCUGGAGGAGAAGGAGAGGUCUCUGUCGCCGUCGUCCGUCAACUCGGACGGCUUGUACGAGCUGACCUUCGACGGCAUCGAUGGGCCCAUGCACAACCUGAGGCCCAGUAUGUCGGGGCUACACCUGGUGAAACAAGGCCGGGACCGGCGGCGCAUCGACCUGCAGAGGGACUUCACCGUGGCCUCGCCGGCCGAGUUUGUCACCCGCUUCGGAGGCAAUAGAGUCAUCGAGAAGGUGCUCAUCGCCAACAACGGGAUCGCGGCGGUGAAGUGCAUGCGCUCCAUCCGCCGCUGGGCCUACGAGAUGUUCAGGAACGAGCGCGCCAUACGCUUCGUCGUCAUGGUAACCCCCGAGGACCUGAAGGCCAAUGCCGAGUACAUUCGGAUGGCAGACCACCAUCUGCCCGUACCAGGAGGGACCAACAACAACAACUACGCUAAUGUGGAGCUCAUUCUGGACAUCGCCAAGCGCAUCCCCGUGCAGGCUGUGUGGGCGGGAUGGGGCCACGCUUCCGAGAACCCAAAACUUCCAGAGCUGCUACACAAGAACGGCAUCACUUUUAUUGGCCCCCCUAGCCAGGCCAUGUGGGCACUUGGUGACAAGAUCGCCUCGUCCAUCGUGGCCCAGACAGCCGGCAUCCCGACUUUGCCCUGGAGUGGAAUGGGGCUGACUGUGGAGUGGACGGAGAGUGACCUGAAGAAGGGGAUAGUUAACGUUCCCCUGGACCUGUACGAGCAGGGCUGCAUCCACGACGUGGAGGACGGUCUGAAGGCCGCGGAGAAAGUGGGCUACCCCGUGAUGGUCAAGGCGUCCGAGGGGGGUGGAGGAAAGGGGAUCCGCAAGGUCAACACUGCCGACGACUUCCCCAACCUCUUCAGACAGGUCCAAACGGAGGUCCCCGGCUCGCCCAUCUUCGUCAUGCGUCUGGCCAAGCACGCCCGGCACCUGGAGGUGCAGAUCCUGGCGGAUCAGUACGGCAACGCCAUCUCCCUGUUCGGCCGCGACUGCUCCGUGCAGCGGAGGCACCAGAAGAUCAUCGAGGAGGCGCCCGCCACCAUCGCCACGUCAGACAUCUUUGAGGACAUGGAGAAGUGUGCAGUGAAGCUGGCUAAGAUGGUGGGCUACGUGAGCGCUGGGACGGUGGAGUACCUGUACAGUCAGGACGGCAGCUUCUACUUCCUGGAGCUGAACCCCCGGCUGCAGGUGGAGCACCCCUGCACCGAAAUGGUGGCCGACGUCAACCUGCCCGCCGCCCAGCUGCAGAUCGCCAUGGGGAUUCCCCUCCAUCGGAUGAAGGACAUCCGGAUGCUAUAUGGGGUGCAGCCCUGGGGCGACUCGCUCAUCGAUUUUGAGGGCCUGUCCACAGCCCCCUCCCCACGGGGUCACGUUAUCGCCGCCCGCAUCACCAGCGAGAACCCCGACGAGGGGUUCAAGCCCAGUUCAGGCACGGUGCAGGAGCUGAACUUCCGCAGCAAUAAGAACGUGUGGGGCUACUUCAGCGUGACGGCCGCCGGCGGGCUGCACGAGUUCGCAGACUCCCAGUUCGGACACUGCUUCUCCUGGGGGGAGAACCGGGAGGAGGCCAUCUCUAACAUGGUGGUGGCCUUGAAGGAGUUGUCCAUCCGCGGGGACUUCAGGACCACAGUAGAGUACCUCAUUAAGCUGCUGGAGACAGAGAGCUUCCAGCACAACACCAUCGACACGGGCUGGCUGGACCGGCUCAUUGCAGAAAAGAUGCAGGCAGAGCGGCCGGACACCAUGCUGGGCAUCGUGAGCGGGUCUCUCCACGUGGCCGACGUCAACUUCCGCAACAGUGUCUCCAACUUCCUGCACUCUUUGGAGAGGGGUCAGGUGCUGCCCGCCCAUACCUUGCUCAACACUGUGGACGUGGAGCUGAUCUACGAGGGCACCAAGUACGUGCUGAAGGUGACGCGACAGUCGCCCAACUCGUACGUGGUGAUCAUGAACGGCUCCUUUGUGGAGGUGGAUGUUCACCGGCUGAGUGACGGAGGCCUUCUCCUGUCCUACGAUGGCAGCAGCUAUACCACCUACAUGAAGGAGGAGGUGGACAGGUACCGCAUCACCAUAGGGAAUAAGACGUGCGUGUUUGAGAAGGAGAACGACCCGUCUCUGCUACGCUCGCCCUCUGCGGGGAAGCUCAUCCAGUACACCGUGGAGGACGGCGGUCACGUGUUCGCCGGCCAGUGCUACGCCGAAAUCGAGGUGAUGAAGAUGGUGAUGACGCUGACGGCCGUGGAGUCGGGGUGCAUACACUAUGUGAAGAGGGCUGGGGCCGUGCUGGAACAGGGGUGUGUCAUCGCCAAGCUGCAGCUGGACGACCCCAGCAGGGUGCAGCAGGCGGAGCUCCACACGGGGCCGCUGCCCCGCAUCCAGGCCGUGGCCCUGCGGGGGGAGAAGCUGCACCGGGUCUUCCACAACGCGCUGGACCACCUGCUCCACAUCAUGAACGGCUACUCCCUGCCAGAGCCCUUUUUCAGCAUGAAGCUGAAGGAGUGGGUGGAGACGCUGAUGAAGACUCUGAGGGACCCCUCUCUCCCCUUGCUGGAGCUGCAGGACAUCAUGACCAGCGUCUCCGGCCGCAUCCCCCCCGCCGUGGAGAAAGCCAUCAAAAAGGAAAUGGCCCAGUAUGCCAGCAAUAUCACCUCUGUGCUCUGCCAGUUCCCCAGCCAACAGAUCGCCAACAUCCUGGACAGCCACGCGGCCACGCUUAAUCGCAAGUCUGAACGCGAGGUCUUCUUCAUGAACACCCAGAGCAUUGUGCAGCUGGUACAGAAGUACCGCAGUGCCAUUCGGGGCCACAUGAAGGCAGUGGUGAUGGAUGUGCUCAGGCAGUACCUGAAGGUGGAGGUGCAGUUUCAGAACGGACACUACGACAAGUGCGUGUUCACGCUGCGGGAGGAAAACAAGGGGGACAUGGCCAACGUGCUCAACUACAUCUUCUCACACGCCCAGGUCACCAAGAAGAACCUGCUGGUCACCAUGCUGAUAGACCAGCUGUGUGGCCGGGACCCCACUCUCACGGACGAGCUGAUGGCCAUCCUGACCGAGCUCACCCAGCUCAGCAAGACCACCAACGCCAAGGUGGCUCUGCGUGCGCGACAGGUCCUGAUCGCCUCCCACCUGCCCUCCUACGAGCUGAGGCACAACCAGGUGGAGUCCAUCUUCCUCUCCGCCAUCGAUAUGUACGGCCACCAGUUCUGCAUCGAGAACCUGCAGAAACUGAUCCUGUCGGAGACGUCCAUCUUUGAUGUGCUGCCCAAUUUCUUCUACCACAGCAACCAAGUGGUCAGGAUGGCUGCCCUGGAGGUGUACGUGCGCAGGGCCUACAUCGCCUACGAGCUCAACAGCGUCCAGCACCGACAACUCAAGGACAACACCUGCAUCGUGGAGUUCCAGUUCAUGCUGCCGACCUCCCACCCCAACAGAGGGAACAUCCCAACUCUAAACAGAAUGUCCUUCUCCUCCAACCUCAACCACUACGGCAUGGUGCACGUGGCCAGCGUGAGCGACGUGCUCCUGGACACCUCCUUCACCCCGCCCUGCCAGCGCAUGGGCGCCAUGGUGGCCUUCCGCUCCUUCCAGGACUUCAUCAGGAAUAUCCAGGACGUGUUGAGCUGCUUUUCCGACUCCCCUCCGUCAAGUCCCACCUUCCCAGAGGGGGGGAACCCAGUGCUGUAUGGAGAGGAGGAGAGUAAGAGCUCCCAGGACGAGCCCAUUCACAUCCUCAACGUGGCCAUCAAGACCGACGGCAUCAUCGACGACGACGGUCUGGCCGCCUUGUUCCGGGAGUACACCCAGUCCAACAAAUCGGUCCUGUUCGAACACGGCAUCCGCAGACUGACCUUCCUGGUGGCUCAAGAGGAUUUCAGAAAGCAAGUCAACUGUGAGGUGGACCAAAGAUUCCAUAGAGAGUUUCCCAAGUUUUUCACCUUCCGGGCCAGAGACAAGUUUGAGGAGGACCGCAUCUACAGACACCUGGAGCCAGCGUUGGCCUUCCAGCUGGAGCUCAACCGCAUGCGUAACUUCUACCUGACCGCCAUUCCCUGCGCCAACCACAAGAUGCACCUGUACCUGGGCGCGGCCCGCGUGGAGGUGGGCACCGAGGUCACGGACUACCGCUUCUUCGUCCGCGCCAUCAUCCGCCACUCGGACCUGGUCACCAAGGAGGCCUCGUUCGAGUACCUGCACAACGAGGCUGAGCGUCUGCUCCUGGAGGCCAUGGACGAGCUGGAGGUGGCUUUCAACAACACCACCGUGCGCACGGACUGCAACCACAUCUUCCUCAACUUCGUCCCCACCGUCAUCAUGGACCCCUCUAAGAUCGAGGAGUCUGUGCGCUCCAUGGUGAUGCGUUACGGCAGCCGGCUGUGGAAGCUGCGUGUCCUGCAGGCCGAGCUGAAGAUCAACAUCCGCCUGACGCCCACCGGCAAGCAGAUCCCCAUCCGCCUCUUCCUCACCAACGAGUCCGGCUACUACCUGGACAUCAGCCUGUACAAGGAGGUCACCGACUCCCGCACCGGACAGCUGGGGCCCAAAGACCGACAGAUCAUGUUCCAGGCCUACGGGGAUAAGCAGGGCCCCCUGCACGGGAUGCUCAUCAACACCCCCUACGUCACCAAGGACCUGCUGCAGUCCAAGCGCUUCCAGGCUCAGUCGCUGGGCACCACCUACGUCUACGACCUCCCCGAGAUGUUCCGCCAGGCGCUGCGGAAACUGUGGCAGUCCACCGACGCCCAGGCCAACCUCCCGAAAUGCCCCCUUCCCUCGGAGCUGCUCACCUUCACCGAGCUGGUGCUGGACCCUCAGGGCCAGCUGGUGCAGAUGAACCGCCUGCCAGGGGGCAACGAGAUCGGUAUGGUGGCCUGGCGGAUGACCCUGCGGACCCCGGAGUACCCCGCGGGGCGUGAGAUCAUCGUGAUCAGCAACGACAUCACGCACAAGAUCGGCUCCUUCGGGCCGCAGGAGGACGAGCUGUUCCAGCAGGCCUCCGAAAUGUCCCGCCAGAGUGGCAUCCCGCGCGUCUACAUCGCUGCCAACAGCGGGGCGCGCAUCGGCCUGGCCGAGGAGAUCCGACACAUGUUCCACGUGGCCUGGCAGGACCCCGCCGACCCCUACAAGGGGUUCAAGUACCUGUACCUGACACCUCAGGACUACAAGAAGGUUUCGGCUCUGAACUCGGUUCACUGCGAGCACGUGGAGGAUGAGGGAGAGUCCAGGUACAAGAUCACUGACAUCAUCGGGAAGGAGGAGGGACUGGGGGUGGAGAAUCUGCGGGGGUCUGGGAUGAUUGCGGGGGAGACGUCGCUGGCGUACGAGGAAGUCAUCACCAUGAACCUGGUGACGUGUCGGGCCAUUGGGAUUGGAGCUUACCUGGUUAGGCUGGGCCAGAGGACCAUUCAGGUGGAGAAUUCUCACAUCAUCCUCACCGGAGCUGGAGCUCUCAACAAGGUCAGUGCCCUGUGCCACCCCCUCCCCUCUGGGCCCCUCACACGGACACCCCAUAGCAACAUCGCUCCUACUGGCUUGUCUCACUGUCAAUCUCCGAUAUCUCAGCUCCUGACUGGCUCUCACAUGUACGACCAGGUGCUGAAGUUCGGGGCCUACAUCGUGGACGGUCUGCGGGAGUACCGGCAGCCCGUGCUGGUGUACAUCCCCCCCCAGGCCGAGCUCCGCGGCGGGUCCUGGGUGGUCAUCGACCCCACCAUCAACCCCCGCCACAUGGAGAUGUACGCUGAUGCAGACAGCCGCGGUGGGGUGCUGGAGCCUGAGGGGACCGUAGAGAUUAAGUUCCGGAAGAAGGACCUGGUCAAGACCAUGAGGCGUGUGGACCCCGUCUACAUGAGCCUGGCGGAGAGGCUGGGUACCCCGGAGCUCAGCCAACCGGAGCGCAAGGAGCUGGAGACCAAGCUGAAGGAGAGGGAAGAGUUCCUGCUGCCCAUCUACCACCAGGUGGCGGUGCAGUUCGCCGACCUCCACGACACCCCGGGGCGCAUGCAGGAGAAGGGCGUCAUCACGGACGUGCUGGAGUGGCGCACCUCUCGGCAGUUCUUCUACUGGCGUCUGCGGCGGCUGCUCCUGGAGGACAUGGUGAUGAAGAAGAUCCAGGCGGCCAACAGCGAGCUGACCGACGGCCAGAUCCAGGCCAUGCUGCGCCGCUGGUUCGUGGAGGCCGAGGGCGCGGUUAAGGCGUACCUGUGGGACAGUAAUGAAGAGGUGGUAGGGUGGAUGGAGAGGCAGCUCGCUGAGGAGGAGGGGGCUCGGUCCGUCAUCGACGAGAACAUCAAGUACAUCCGGAGGGACCACAUCCUCAAACAGAUCCGCAGCCUGGUCCAAGCCAACCCGGAGGUGGCCAUGGAUUCCAUCGUUCACAUGACGCAGCAUAUUUCAGCCACACAGCGUGCUGAAGUGGUGCGUAUCCUCUCCACCAUGGACGCGCCUGCUUCCACGUAGAUACCACUCUCCCUGCACCGACCCCCCCUGGACAGGAGUGCUUCACAUACUCUCUCACACACACACACACACACACACGCACACACACACACACACACAGAUGCCUCAGAAGAACUCUUUAAAUCCACUCUGCUGUGCUGGAAACUGAGGAUAGAGGAGCCAACAUGGCACCUGUGGUGGGCUGAAGCCGCAGUGGUGUCGCCUUUGGUGGCGUAACCUGUUGGCCAUGAUUCUGCUGGGAGACAGGGGUGUAGCUGGACUAUUCUUGGGACCGACUGCCUUGGAAAAUCCACAGAGGAUCCGUAAUCUAGCGCACAUUUAAAAACUUACUGCUGAUACAUGUUGUGUUCAUAGCGUAGUCUUACCUGACAUGCAUGGUCAAGUGAGAUUUUCACUCUUUAUUGAAGUGCAAUUUUAAUGUGUACAAAAACAGAGCACUGAACCACAAAAUAAUGUUAUGAAGCUGGUACGGAAGCUUAGGUUUGUUUCAACCUGCUGAAGCAAAGGCCAUUCUCCAGACAGGAAGCAAUGCUCAUCCGUGUUACUUAAUGAACCUGCCACAUGCGUUGGAAAUGGCCACAAAAAGUGUACAUUUUUUGAAAAAAGUUUGAAAAUAUUUUAUAUAUAGAAACAUAGGUGUCUCUUGUAUGUUUAAAUGGUUAACACUGGUCAGUAAUAGCAGCAGUAUUCUGGUAUUAGAGUGUAUGUGACCAAGGAGACAGGAGCUCUUUUAGACAGAACAAUUAAUCGUAACAUUAACAGUGUAGGGGUACACAGGAAAUUGGGGUGGGGGGUUAAGCAGUAGAACCAGUGCAGUGCCAAAAACAGUGUACAAAAUUUUUGAUCCAUUAGUUCAUGGUGCCCUGUUUGCAAAAUGAUAUCCUUCUCCAAUCAGAAAUGUAAUUACCAAACGUUGACGAUUAGAUACCCCAACUAAAUAAAAUAAUAUAUUUUAAUAAAUAUGAAUAAUGAAUUGAAUAUAAAUAACUAAUUUAUUAAGUAACGGUCAUGUUAAACAGUAAGCAGAUGCAUAAAUGCUUGUCCCUUGAGGCAGUUAAACGUGCCUACACUGUUUCAGAAGAAGAACCCAACUGGCAGUUUUUUGCGUUGGUGAAAUGCUGCACAUGCAUCGCAUAUGUAAUCUUUUACCUGUGACUCGACACUACAAAGAAAACCCCUGAAAAGGGACGCCGGGUUGUGGGGUCCUCUGUUCCUUGCUCCGCAACUCAGAAGUACAGUUGAGAAUUGAGCUGAGAGUGGCUGAAAAUACUCGUGCAAGAAUAGUGAAAAAGCCGACCGGUAAACAAGUUGUGGGUAGAAUGAGUUUCUUCUGAGGGGGUGGCUACUGUAGGUUCCAAAGAAGUGUAGGGCCUCAAAAUGGUUUAAUGCAUUGCUUUCAUCGGGAGAGUGGGCCAAGCAGUCACCCGAUAGUCUCCACUACCUUACAGUUGCGUUGUUCUUACAUUCAACGGUUUUUCCACAACAGUAGCCAUGUCUACCGGAGAGCCCUUAUUGUAUCAAAUCAGUGACAUAGUACUUCUACUGAAGGUCAACAAUGCCUUCUUUUUUGUGUUUUUUUUUUGUGUUUUUUUUUUUUGCCUGGUGGCCAAUUGUGGACAGGCAUUAGAAAGUGACGUCACACCUAGUGUUUAUUAGCCCAGUGUUGUAUUAGAGUGUCUCGAUGUUAGUAGUCCUGUUUAUCAAGAACUGGCCUGUUUUACACAUGAGGUGGGAAGAGUUUGUGUGUUCUCUGGGGCAAAUCCAGUUACCUCAAUCUGUUAUAUUAAUAAAGGAAAAUAAACUACA